AUUCUCGCCGCUGGAAUGUCCGGUCAAGCUCAUACUCCACUAGUCCCUGUGAAGAGAGUCCCUUACCAGGGGAAGAAUAUGCUUAGGGAUCCGAUAGCUGAGGUUGAUCCCGAAGCGCACGCUAUAAUGAAGCAGGAAAAAGCACGUCAGCGUCGCGGACUUGAGUUAAUCGCAUCGGAAAAUUUCACUACCAAGUCAGUCAUGGAUGCUUUAGGAUCAGCCAUGUGCAACAAAUAUUCGGAAGGUUAUCCUGGUGCUAGGUAA